AUGUGGCUGAAACUUGCCAAGCAAAUGAAAAUCGAGACGGUAAAUCGUUAUCGCUUGAAGCUGGCAAUUUUAAGAGCUAAAAAGUAUGAUAAUAGAAAUUUCAUUACAUGUCAAACUCAAGAUCAAUAUGGUAUUAGAAAAACCGGGAAAGAUCUUGGCGUUGUAACGCAAAAUUGUUCUAAUAAGGUUAAGCCGUCUGCACUGAAAAAAAAAAAAAUCGAAGAAAGUCCCCAAACUUCAACAUCAUCUGAUGAUCUUGAAAAAGAAAAACAAAUGAUUUCUUUGAGAGAGAAAAUUAGAACUUUGAGAAGGAAAGGCAUCUAUUUACCUUUUAACAAAAGCUUUGAUAAUUGUUUAGCAAUAGACACUUAA